CGGUAGACAUUUACUUCCGCACUCGGUUUUUGAGUUUACUUCCGGUGUGAAAGGUCACAAAGCAAGAUGGCGCCGACCAAGUCUCGCCGUGCUAACAGCAAGGCGUGUGUUAUUCCAGAAGGUUUCACAGUGUUGCCCUUGAAAUUUUACUCUGACACGAAAGCCCAACACAGCUUGUACGUGAAAGAGCACAAAGUUCGGGUAGAGAAAAGUUCCCACAGACCGCUGGACAAGACGUUGUUUGUCCUCAACAUCCCCCCGUACUGCUCCGAGGAUGUGGUCAAGCAGCUCUUCUCCCAGUUUGGUCCUGUGAAGUCUGUGGAGUUGGGCGAGCACCCUGGCGCGUUCCACUCUGGUCCCAAACUGUCCAAACACUUCACCCCAGCCCAGAAGCAGUGUUUCAAAGUUGGUUACAUCGUGUUCCUUAACAGCUCCAGCAUCGCUGCAGCUAAAUGUCACCCCAGUAACGUGCCUUUGGUUGUCUGCUCGACACAACACACCGUGAAGACCGGAGUCCACAAAUGGAUUCAGCAGUUCAAGGACUCCUUCGUUCAGCCAGACAAGCUACAGCAAAUAGUCGAUGACUUCAUGAAGAGCUUUGACAAAAGCAAAGCAAGAGAAGAGGAGCGACAGAGAAAAGAGUUGGAGCAACAAAAAGAGGACGAGGACGGCUGGGUGAAAGUCACCAGGGGUCCCAAGGGCAACAAGGCCCGCCCCCAUAGCGAGGCCGCUAACAGUCGGACGCUACGGAAGGAGAUGAGGAAGAAGAAGAGGAAGGAGCUCCUGAACUUUUAUUCUUGGCAGCAUAAGAACACCCAGAAAGAACAUAUUGCGGAGCUGAGGAAAAAGUUUGAGGAGGACAAACAGAGAAUAGCGCUCCUGAGGGCCCAAAGAAAAUUCAGACCUUAUUAAGAUCAUCGUCUGGAUUCUCGUGCUCAUUCUGGUCACAUGACAGGACAGAAUCUUGCAAUGAGUUUGUCAUCUGCUCUGCAAGGCUUCAUGCUGCAUUCAGGACUGCUGGGAAGUAUUCCACUUGGAAUUCCAAGUUCUUGUCGCUAAAGCAUUCCAGUGGAAAGUACGCCAUCAUAGCAUCAUAUGUACUCUAUCAGUUGAUGUUACAGAGAAAAAUAUAAAAGUGUGGAU